UCCCGACGAAGAAGCGAACACCACAGCGGAGCAGGAUCUGCUUGCGAAGGAGCCACAGAGGAGAAAAGAGAACCCGUUUCGCUGACGAGAAUUCAUCAUGUCCCAGUCGUCCGGAAAGGUCAAGGCCGUCGCCCUUUGGAGCAAGAACAAGGAUGAUUUGACCAAGCAACUUGGUGAGCUCAAGACCGAGCUCGGUCAGCUCCGCAUCCAGAAGAUCGCCUCUUCCGGCAGCAAGCUGAACAAGAUCCACGACAUCCGCAAGUCGAUCGCUCGCGUCCUUACCGUCAUCAACUCCAAGCAACGCGCCCAGCUCCGCCUGUUCUACAAGAACAAGAAGUACGCUCCCCUCGACCUCCGCGCGAAGCAGACCCGUGCCAUCCGCCGGAGAUUGUCCGAGAAGGAGGCCAGCGCCGUCACCGACAAGGCCAAGAAGCGUACCACCCACUUCCCCCAGCGCAAGUUCGCCGUCAAGUCUGCUUAAAUUUAGACCGACCGCUGCUGGGUUAGAUCUGGGGAUGAGGAACAAUGAAAAUGGUCACGGAGGCGUAACACGUUUUUGGCACACGGGGAUCCCGAAUUACUCGAUGAUGCAUUGCAUGGUCACGGAGGGAAAUUAAGGGUUUAUUUGCACUUUUAUCAUUUCUCCCCCAAGUGCUGCAAAACACGAAAUGGAUUUCUCUCAAGACGGGUCAAAACAUUGG